AUGCCGCACUGGACAGAGGACCACCCAGAGAUCCCUACCAGACCACUGCUCCACCAAGGAGCCCCAGGCCCCCUCAAUGCCCAGAGAUCCCUACCAGACCACUGCUCCACCAAGGAGCCCCAGGCCCCCUCAACGCCCCACCAGACCAGCGCCCCACCAGACCACUGCUCCACCAAGGAGCCCCAGGCCCCCUCAACGCCCCACCAGACCAGCACCCACCAGACCACUGCUCCACCAAGGAGCCCCAGGCCCCCUCAACGCCCCACCAGACCACUGCUCCACCAAGGAGCCCCAGGCCCCCUCAACGCCCCACCAGACCACUGCUCCACCAAGGAGCCCCAGGCCCCCUCAACACCCCACCAGACCAGCGCCCCACCAGACCACUGCUCCACCAUGGAGCCCCAGGCCCCCUCAACGCCCCACCAGACCCAGCGCCCCACCAGACCACUGCUCCACCAAGGAGCCCCAGGCCCCCUCAACGCCCCACUAGACCACUGCUCCACCAAGGAGCCCCAGGCCCCCUCAACGCCCCACCAGACCACUGCUCCACCAAGGAGCCCCAGGCCCCCCUCAACGCCCCACCAGACCACUGCUCCACCAAGGAGCCCCAGGCCCCCUCAACGCCCCACCAGACCCACCGCACCCCACAGGCCCCACCCACCACCAGAGCAUCACCACCUCCAUCGGCUUCGCCAGACUGGACCGGGCCCAGCACCGGACCACCACCUCUACCAGCCCAGACGUGGCCCCCCACCACUCCACAGGGACCAUCAGCAGGACCAGCACAGCUAG